CGCUCCGGGGACGCGCACGCGCAGGUGGGCCCCAGGCGCGCGCUCGGCCUGGGGCCGCUGUUGGCGGGGUCAGGUUCCCACGCCGCCCGCGACCGGUUGGCGCCUGCGCGGACGGCGGGCGUCCGUUGCCAUGACAGCGCUCGCCGGAGGCCCGGGGUCUUGGAGUGAAAAUAUCCUGCAGUAUUUCCUGCGAAGGAACCAGAUUGCAGCAGAAGAUGGCGCUGAGGUCACGUGGUACCAUGCAGCCAACCACAAGGCGCAGCUGAGGGAGGCACUGAGCAGUCCUGCUCUCAUGAUCGAGGCUGACGUCCUUCUCGCAAGUGAUGGAUCGGGACACAGCCAGCCAGUCAUGGCCCAUCCUCCCGAAACGAGCAGUGACAAUUCCCUCCAGGAGUGGCUGGCCGAGGUGACCAAAAGCAGUAAAGGCAUCAAGCUGGACUUCAAGAGUCUGGCAGCCGUGGCGCCCUCCAUGGCGCUCCUGAAAGGGGUGGAGGAGCGUCUGCAGCGGCCCGUGUGGAUCAACGCCGACGUGCUCCCCGGGCCCAACGCGGACCGCCGAGCGGUGGAGGCCAGGCCGUUCAUAGACACUGUGACGUCCUUCUUCCCGGAUGUGACCUUGUCCCUGGGCUGGACGACGGGAUGGCAUGCUGAGAAGGCCAAUGAAGGGUACAGCUGGCCGAUGGUGAGGCAGAUGGAACACCUGUGCCGUGAGCUCCAGCAGCCGGUGUCGUUCCCAGUGCGCGUGGCCCUGGUCAGGCAGUCCUGUCCCGAGCUACGCUGGCUGUUGGAGAAAUCAGACAGGUACAGCCUGACUGUUUGGACUGGAAAAGAUGAUAACUAUUCUGUUGAAGAUCUACUUUAUAUUAGAGACUGUUUUGAUAAAAGCAAAGUUUUCUAUGACCUGUUGGAACCACAAAACCAUGAGUUCAAACAAGCCAUUGGAAUUGAAAGUUGAUGCCUGAGACGAAGAUUGUCCUGAAUUGUUUCCUGUGGUUUGAUUUCAUAAUCCUGUUUGGGGCUGAAUUAAUGAUACUGAUACUUCAUCCAGUGAAGAACCGCUCCCUGUGCCAGGUGUGUGCCCUGCACGCAUGGAAGAGGCUUUGUUACGCUGCCCGUGCACAACACGUUUGGAAAGAGCUCUCUGCCUUGUCCGACCGUAAUUUAGGAACAUGAUACUUUGGGCCUCUUUGUAAAAAGCAGUUUUGCCGUACUGAAGAUGAUUGUGAGAGUUCACGCGUGUCAUAAUGGGAAUACAUUAUUUUUAUUGACAUUUUCAUUACAGAGAUUCUGAUAAAUAUGGCACCCUUUUUCUUGGAAAACUGGUCAUUUGAGGAUAGCAAAAAAAGAGACAUAAAAAUAUUUUUAACUUUGACAAUGAGCAGCUUUCUCAUGCCAAGAUCAGACCCACUUCCUGGAGCCAUGAAUUACGUUAGAAGAAUCUAGAAUCCCUCUGUUGUUGGAGAGCACACCGGCAGGCAGCUGAGCCCGUCUCGUGUCUGUGUCGCUGGUUAGCUCUUACUGUAGUGAGCAGAUGCCAGGAAGGGCACACUGACCUGGCACGCGGCAUCACCGUUCCGGUCUCUCAGCUGCCACUCACGCCAGUCCCUGUGGUCCUGUGGGCUGAGGCACGGCUGCUCCGUGACGUCGCUCUGCACAGCACCCGCACAGAGCUUUCCCGAACGUCUCCCUUUAUGUAGAAUCUUCUGUGAGCCCCUCAGGUGUGACCCCAGGGCUCCAGACCAGCCCCGCCCCUCCUCUCCCAGGCUUGUCGCCAGAGCUCUCUAGCUCGUGCUCUCACACUUCACUGUCAUUACCUGAGCUGUUUGCCAGCCGUGUCGCACGUGCUGCGUCUCGGCGGAUUGUGAGUUCCACUGUGGCCGUGCAGACUGAAGAAUCCUGCACAGCGCUCGGCGACAUCCUGAGGAGGGCGUUCAGAACGAGUGUCGCGGCUUUUGUUUGGUGAAAUGUAGAGACCGGUGUGGUGGCACUGCCUGGGACACCUGCAUCCCAGGACAUCGUUCCUGGGUGGAGUCCACUUCUGCUGCGAUCCAGCAGGUAAUGGCCCAAGGACUAGGGCCCCGCCACCCAUGUGGGAGACCUGGGAUGGAGUCCCACCUCUGCUGCGAUCCAGCUUCCUGCUGAUACACCCCGGAGGCAGCAGGUAAUGGCCCAAGGACUAGGGCCCCUCCACCCAUGUGGGAGACCUGGGUGGAGUCCCACCUCUGCUGCAAUCCAGCUUCCUGACUAGGGCCCAUGUGGGAGACCUGGGAUGGAGUCCCACCUCUGCUGCGAUCCAGCUUCCUGACUAGGGCCCAUGGGGAGACCUGGGUGGAGUUCUCGGCUCCUGUCUUCACUUAACCCCAGCCCCAGAUGUUGCAGGCGUUUGAGGAGUGAACCAGCCGUUGAAAGAUCUCUCUUUCUCUCUGCUUUUCAAAUAAAAUGAAUCCCUUUUUAAAAUUUUUAAGUGUGGGAUUGGCGUUGUGGUGUAGUGGGUAAAGCUGUUGCCUAUGCUGCCAGCAUUUCAUAUGGAUGCUGGUUCAUGUCCUGGCUGCUCCACUUCCAAUCCAGCUCCCUGCUGAUGGCCUGGGAAAAGUAGCACAGGAUGGCCUAAGUGCUUGGGCCCCUGACACCCAUGUGGGAGACCCUGGUGAAGCCCCUGGCUGCUGGCUUCAUCCUGGCCCAGCUCUGGCUGUUGUGGCUAUCUGGGCAGUGAGCCAGUGCUGGAAGAUUGUCCCUGUCCCUCCCUCUUUCUCUGUGACUCUGCCAUUCAAAUAAAUCUAUAAAUCUUUUAAAAAAGAUUUUUAAGUGUAACUUACCAGUGAGUGUUGUAAGAUGUAUAAUUUGCCCUUUUUUAUCAAGCAUUUUUCUCUCACAGAUUAAUUCCAUAUAGUGAAAAAGCUUUGAUGUUGAAUUCAGACUUGCCUUAUAGCCCCGUAUCUAUCUGUCUAUCUAUCUAUUUAUCUAUCUACCUUUCUCUCCCUGUCUCUCUCUCUCUCUCCAUAGGCUUUGGGAAACCUAUAAUGCCAUUAGCCCAUGGCUUGCUCUGCAGUGAACUGGUGGAAAAAAUAAGAAUUCUCUUGUAGCGCUGUAAGCAUUGGGUUUCACGUGGAAGAGACGUCUAGCUCAGUGCUCACGACACAGCCAGUGCUCACGACACAGCCAGUGCUCCCAGGUGGCUCCUUUUCUGUCAAACUGGUAGUGUGAGCACCAAGAGAUACAUCGCGAAGCACUGUGGAGGUAGAAAUCCUGGAAGUAAUCCCAUUAUUUCCUCUGGGUUGCAGCCCUAGGUCAGUGCAGUGCUGUUUGUCAAAAAAAGCCUAACAUUUUUUUUUUUUUUUGACAGGCAGAGUGGAUAGUGAGAGAGACAGGGAGAAAGGUCUUCCUUUUGCCGUGGUUCACCCUCCAAUGGCCGCUGUGGCCAGCGCACCACGCUGAUCUGAAGCCAGGAGCCAGGUGCUUCUCCUGGUCUCCCAUGGGGUGCAGGGCCCAAACACUUGGGCCAUCCUCCACUGCACUCCCGGGCCACAGCAGAGAGCUGGCCUGGAAGAGGGGCAACCGGGAAAGAAUCCGGUGCCCUGACCGGGACUAGAACCCAGUGUGCCGGCACCACAAGGCAGAGGAUUAGCCUAUUGAGCCGCGGCGCCGGCCAGAAAGCCUAACAUUUCAUUGUCUAUGCAUGUUUGCCAAAGGCAAGAGUUCAAUUUCAUUGUAAAAUUUUAACAACUACAAUAAAGAACAAUUUGUAAUUUUUAGUAAAAAUAUUUAAUUUUCAAAUUUUCUACUAUUGUGCAUUACUUUUGGAGAGAUUUGAGUUUCAAAUGAAUUGCAAUUUGAUGAAAUUUGAAAUUCAUUUGUUUAGACUAUUAUUUUUGCCAAUUACAUUACUCUUAGUAAUGUUUUUAAAAAUACUUGUGCUGUAGUAAAAUUCUUAAAUAUUGAGAAAUCUUCAAGGUGGAUGCUACUUAGAUCAAGACUUAAAGGUGUAUUUUAACCUGUUCUCAGAAACAAAAAUACGUAAAUGAACUAUAAACUGUUUUCUUGUAAAAUUGUAAUGGGUGUCCAUAUAGGAAAAAGUAGCCUUGAUCCCUUCCUGAAACCAUACACACAUGAUUUGAGGUGAAUUGUAGACCUGCGUGUGAAAGCUAAAACGAAAACUUUUAAAAAGAAUAAAGGAGAAUCUUGAUGACUUUGGAGUAGGCAAGCAUUCUUAUAACCCAGAAUGCACUAACAGUUAAAAAAAUUGGUGGGGUAGGCAUUGUGCUGCAGCAGGUGAAGCCAUCCCUUGGGAGGAAUGCCUGGUUCAAGUCCCAGCUGCCCCACACUUCCUUUCCAACUUCCUGCUAAUGGGCUUGGGAGGCAGUAGAUGGGGGCCCAAGUGUUUGGGUUCCUGCCCCCAUGUGAGAGACCUAGAUGGAGUUCUGGCUGCUGGCUUCAGUCUGGCCUGUGAUGCAGGGAGUCAGCCGGCAGAUGGAAGAUCUCUUUUCCCCCCAUUCCCCCCGCUUCUGUCACUCUGCCUUUCAAAUAAAAAAGUGAUAAAUGGACUCUAGACUCAAAAUUUAAAACAUGAAAGACACCAUUGAAAUAUCUGAUGAAGAGGUCUUAUUAAGAAUAUGUGAAGAACCAUAUACUUGUAAGAAAAAGGAAAAAAAAACACAAAAA